AUGGCAAUUUUACACAGAGUUUUGAAAUCUGAAGCUUUGGAAAAAGCUGAAAAAGAUGAUGGACCCAAUAAAUCCAUCGAAUUAUCUAUUGAAUUGGAAUCGCCUCCGAUAGUUUUAUACGGAAGCCAAGAAGAAUCAACAGGAUCUAUCAUUUCAGGAUUAUUGAUGUUCAAUGUUCUUAAAUUACUUCCCGGUAAUAACCAACUUCAAUUGGAAUACGUCACAUUAUCACUUGUUCAAACCAUUUAUGUUUCCAAGCCAUUCAUCAUUGCUUCUAAUUCAGUCCAAAAUUGUAGUGAUUGUAAUUUAAGAAAAAAUGUUUUAGCCAGGUGGGAUGUAGUCAAGGACAUCUCCAACUUCUCAUUUGGUUCUCAUGCUUACCCUUUCAGUCACCUUUUACCAGGCUCAUUACCAGCAUCUUCCAAAUUGGGAUCUAAAAAUUCCACAAGUUUCAUAAAAUAUAAUCUUAUAGCCCUCGCUAAACCGGUAGAUGGUAAAGAGAUCAAAAUUAACUUACCCAUUAAUAUCACGAGAUCAAUCUUGAAGAAUGCCGAUAGGAAUUCAUUAAGGAUAUUCCCUCCCACCAGUAUAACAGCAUCAGCCUUGUUACCAAAUGUCAUAUAUCCCAAAUCAUCAUUUCCUUUAGAAUUGAAAUUGGAGAAUUUGGUGGAUCUUAAGAAAAGUAAGCGUUGGAGAAUGAGGAAGCUCAAUUGGAAGAUCAAUGAAAAUAUCAAAAUAAGAGUUCAUUGUUGUAGCAAACAUCAGAAUAAAUUGAAACAAUACGAAGAUAAUGAAAAACAUGUCAAAGCUAAGAAACCUAAUACCACCAAUUAUCAUCAUAGUAAUAUCCAAACCUCUGCAUUAUUAUCCCAUGAUCUGAAUACUAAUGUUAGUCAUAAUGAUCAAAAUGAUCAAAAUCGUGAUGAGUUGAAUUAUGUGGAUACUACUGAAGUUGAAAGAAAUGCUCCCAGUCAUCAAACAGAUAAUUUUAUUCAAGAUUUCCAAAAUGGUAGACCAAAUUCCCCUAUAGAAAAUGGAGGUUCAUCCCCUAAUGGUGCAGGUACUCCUACAGUAGCAAGCAAUAGCGGUAAUAGUACCAACAGUCCUUCUACGAGUCCUAACAAUACCAGUCCUAGAGAUCAAUUGCAUCUUUAUAUGUCUGAAACCCGUACUAUAUCUCAUGGAGAUAUCAAAUCUGGUUGGAAAUCUGAUUUUGGUGGUCAAGGGAAGAUAGAAUUAGUUGCCAAUAUUAAUGCCAUGAAUUUAACCACUGGACUUGUGAGACAUAAUAACAAAACGUCUUCCAAUAAUCCAGCUUCUAAUGCUAAUGAAUUUACAGAAGGUUUAAGAAACGGAGCCAAUGUUUCUUGUGAUAUAGAAGAUCCUAAUGAAGGAAUAUUUGUCAGUCAUGUACUUGUUGUAGAGGUUGUUGUUGCAGAAGAAGCCAUUGCACCAGUAAGGAAGAAAAAGAUUCCUCUUGAACCUGUUCAAUCGAAUUCUUCACAAACUUCUAACGAAUUGUCAGCAGUGACAUCUAAUGAAUCAACAAUAGCUUCUAUUGUUGGAGCACCUGUACCCCAAGCGGUUGGAACACCCACAGGGGCCGCCAGAGUGUUGAGAAUGCAAUUCAAUUUAACUAUUACUGAAAGAUCUGGUUUAGGUAUAUCAUGGGAUGAUGAAGUGCCUCCUACUUAUGAAGAUGUUAGAACAUUGAGUCCUCCAACUUAUUCUGAAUCAGGUAGUAGCACUCCUACUGAUAUUUCAUUUCCUGGAUCAGUUGUUCUCCGAACUCCUAGAAUAUUAAAUGGAGUAGGUGAUACCCCUUGUUCAGUCAAUAUUGAUGCCGUUUUUGAUGAAAAUUUCCAAGAUUUAAGCAUUUAA